AUGGAAGGUAGUCGGAGUAAUUUCUCAGAAGAUUCAGGAUUAUUAACACAGCACAGAACCAUAGAACACAAAUUUACAGGGCAUUCAUAUCCGACAGGGAAGAUCCAGGUCAUGGGAGAUCAUUUCCAAUUCACACUCGAUGUGAGUGAAUUUUCUCCGGAGGAAGUAAUCGUCACAUCUUCCAACAACCUUAUAGAGGUCCAUGCUGAGAAGCUGGGUGAAGAUGGCUCUGUCACCAACACCUUCAGUCACCAGUGCAAGCUGCCCUCCGAUGUGGAGCCUUCGUCUGUGAGCAUGUCCAUGGGAGGCAGUGGGGUGCUGACUGUGAGAGCUCGAAGGGUAUUUCGAUACAACCUCAGCUUUGAACCCACACGCCGGAUUUCUGCGCCAUCUAGCGGUGGCCGACGUAACUACGCGGAGAUCCGUAAAUCGGAAAAGUCAUAAACCCUUAGUGGACUAUUUAAAGUUACUUCUGCCAUUUCAAAGACUGAUUACCAAUUAUGCUCAUGUAAUUACUGUUUAAAAGUUAAGUUCAAACACCUGCUAACGGAAAGGGAAAGUGUAUAUGUUGGACAAGGUAUUAAUAAAAUGAUUAAAAAAAACAUUUAGAGCAGUAGCCCCGCAAAUAUAAAAAUAUGUUGUGUGUAAACUUUACUCAUUUUCCUAAUAGAUCUGAUAUGGGUUUUUUGGGGGGUCCAAGAACAAAAGUUGAGCCCGAUGAAAAAUAGUCUUAACUAGUCGGACAGAACCUGAAGGCAACACCACAAACCGACGGAAGUGAUGAAAACGGUUGUCAAGGGAAGUUUUAGUUUACGGAAGUUUAUUUCUUAGAUGGCCACAGUGCACUAAACGCUUUUGCGGACCAGAACAAGCGCCAUGUAACACGCUGUAAGAUUACAACAUGAUUCGUUUUAUUAAAAUACUAAAAUCAAAGUAGCGAGCUACCUUCUAUCACCACAGAGAGGGACUGUGGGACUAAACCGAACUGUGUGUGUUCCGAGCCUCAUAACGAACAUGACACACGUUGUUCCUCCUGGAUCGCUUAUAGUCGCCGACUGGUAUCGAUGUAAAGAAAGCCAAGAGUAUUUCAACAAAAUCUUACACAAGAAGAGGCGAAAGGCGUUUGGCCUGUUGGAGUCUCCAAUGAUGCCCCCACAUGUAGCCGUGGAUACAGUUCAAUAUAAAAUCUUCCUCUCUGGUAAGAGUGGAGUUGGGAAAACCACUCUGGCUGCCCGUCUUGCUGGCUUGAAUAUUCCUAACAUGCACCAUGAAACCACAGGCAUCGAGACGACAGUGGUGUAUUGGCCCGUGAAGCUGAGAGAAAGCGACAGAGUGCUUUUCUUCCGCCUGCAGCUGUGGGACUGUGGCGAGAACGCCCUACGUAGAUUUGAUCAUUUACUUCCGUCCUGUAAGGAGCAGGUGGACGCCGUGCUCUUCCUGUUCUCCUUCACUGACAGGACAUCCUUUGAUGAUCUGUCCACUCAGAUGGCUAAAUGGUCCGGUCCAUCCGCUAGCCGUGUUGUCAAAGUGGUGGUUGGCACCAAGUUUGACCUUUUCAUGCACUGCGACGUGGCAGAGAGAGAGGUCAGGGAAUUCAAGACGGCGCGGGGCCUACCGGUGCUGCGUGUGGGCGGGGAGGUCAGCGACGGGCUGGGGGACGUGGCCCCCAUCCUCAACUGCCUCGCAGAGAACUUGUGGCAUCAAGACUGCGUUACGGCUGGAGCAGCCAGCCAGCAUUCACAGGAGGACACCAUUACUCUGCUUUAAGGGCUUUCUGCUCUGCUCAGGCAGGGGAAAAGUGGCAGUGCUUCAUCUUAAAAAAGCUACAACAGAUCAUCAUCCACCAAUGCAAGAGAUUUAGCCCUCCUGCAAUUUUUCCAGUUUCAUAUCAUCCUUAUUGGCUUUUCUGUGAUGAAUGCCACAGCAGAGGGAGGAGACUGAGUAGCUAGUCGUGGCGAUACAUUUAACCUUUGGGGCUUAAAAAUAAGCCAGGAGAUUACUGGAAUGCCAAAAAUAGUUGCUGCAUUUUCCACAUUUGUUUUUCAGUUAAAUAUACCUUUAAUAAUUCAUUCGACACCAACUACGUUUAACCGUACAGUACUCAGGUUUUGUAACAGAAUUGCGAUGUUUUAUUAUGGUCAAUCAGAUCAGGGCACUUAUGGGGGGUGGGUGGGAGAUAUGUAUACAAUAAAAAUAAAAUAAUAAAAUAAAAUAAAAAGAUCAAUUCUGCAUUUAAUUGUAAUCAAAAUACUUCCAAUAGUAGUGCCAGUGGUUGUUUAAAAGACAGGAUGACUGUCAAAGAGGAAAGUACACACGAACAUCCAUCAAGGCAG